CUAUAGAUAAGCCAUCUUUUAUUUCCUGUUGUCAUUUCCUCCACUUCCCUCCAGCAUCUGGUACAAAGUGAUCAAAUAGUAAAUCCAGAGAUUAUGAUUACUCAUCUCUUCACAGUCAUUCCAACCAUGAGACUCAUCUUUCAAGCAUAUUCAAUGAUCUUCAUACUAGGCAAUAUGGUGGCUUCUCAGUCACAAUCAUCUGGUGGGGAUGAUGCCAUCAACACCACAAUAAUCAACUUCAAUAAUGAGAAGAUGCAGAUCACAUGGGCAACAAGAGAGCUUUUUCCCAAUGAGAAUGUGUCAUUUUUUUACACAUUUGGUGAAGGCAAGAACAAAGUUUGGAAGCCAUGUACCAUCUAUUUAUUGGAUCAAGAUUAUAAUUCUGGAUGUCUUUUUAAGACAGAAGGACCUACCCUUACCAUUUCUAUCAGGAACAGCAAUGGAAGUGAUGUGCUUUUUGCUAAAAAUCUAAAAGCUGAUUUUUACAUAAAGCCCAGUCCACCAGAAAAUGUGACCUUCUUCUGGAAAGAGGACACUGUUACUGUAAGCUGUAAUAAACCUGAGAGAAAUGCAUGGUGCUUGAGAUUUGAGCUUCAGUACAAAAGCAAGUUUGACAAAGAGUGGCAAUCCAGAACCUCCAAGUGCUGCAGUAUUGGAGAGCAAGGCUUCGAUCCCAGGAAGUGCUACUCUUUCCGGGCCAGACUGACGAGACUGGUACCACACUGCAACGUGGUUAAAUACAGCAGUGACUGGGCAGCUGAAACAUUUUGGAUGAAUGGCACGUUAUUAGAUUCAUGUGAUGAUGACAUAACUCCUCAGUCAAAGACAGUAAUUAUUUUAAGUUGUUCCCUGGCAGUAGUCUUAAUGAUGCUUAUCCUCCUGAUUCUUCUGUGUAAGUGGCAGAGGGUUCAGAUGUCAGUCCUGCCUGCUAUACCAGACCCAAAGUACCCAUUUGCUGAUCUCUUCAAUGAUCAUAAUGGAAACUUACAGGAAUGGCUAGACAAAAAUGAUCAUGUGGUGUUGCAAACCAAGCUGGAAUAUGAAGAACCAGAGUCCAUCACUGAGGCAGAAAGCCAGCAAGAAGAUGGGAAGAACAGUGACAAACAGGGGCCUUUGGAAAAAAUCUUCACUUUUUCAGGAGCAGCUGAAAAUAAUGAUGGCAAAGCAGCUGAGAUUGCCUGCCUGAUACCAGCACCCAACACUACAGCUCCUUUUGCUGGCUUCCAUAUUAUAAUGAAUGAUGACAUGUAUGUGAUGUUAUAAAAGCUGCAGGAGGUGUUAGGAAAUUCCGUAAAAGUCCUGAUGAGUCUGGGAGAGUGACGGAAUAGAAAAGGUCAUCAUGAAAAGAUUUACAUCAAGAAAGACACUGGGCCGUGUUUUUAGAUCUGUACUUUCCCAACAGCUUCAAUCUCUCGGGCAGACUCAAGUGUUUGAAACAAACUCCUGAUAAUUUAUAGAGUCAGGAUUUGUUCCUCUAAUUGGGGUUUAUCCCAAAGCCCCAUUUUCCUUCUAUGGACAGGAGAGCCCAGGAGCUCUCCCAUAAUAUAUGUCAGCAGAGCUGAGAUUUACUCCUCCUGCUUAUGGAGUGUGUAGAGCAGGGCAAACUACACCAUUGCUCUUCCCAAAUGAAGAGAGAAAAUAAAGAGGUUUUGCUGUCUCAUGUAAA